AUGAUCUGCCUAAACGAUCUCCUCGAAUCCUCCCUUGAACUUAUCAUAAAAGACGUUUGCAACAAAUGGCGAGCAACAACAAAAAGACGCUACAAGCCAAAAUUUCCGACAAAAAAGAGCGAAAACUUCGCUUACAUCAAGGAAGAAGCCGCUGCAAAUCGUCUUCCUAAAGUCUACAAAUCCAAUCUUGGCAUUUAUGUCAUCACUGACUAUGAAAUCAUGAAAGACGCAUUCAACAAAGUCGAGCUCUCUAGCCGAUUCGUCAAUAAAAAGCUCGUCCAGGCUUCGCUCAUCAUGCGAGCCCAGCAAGGACUGGCUGCGGUCGCCAAAGCUAUUCUCGGGGAAAACUGCCCCUUCUUCAAAAACGGCGAUACUGGAACCGAAGGCAGCGAGCAAAUGGAAGAAAUGCUCAGCAUAAAUGCGGAUGAUCUCUGCAGCGCUAUUCUGGCUCAAUCUGGCGAGGGAAAUGGAAAAGCUUUUGAUCCACGAGUUCUUUUCAUGAACGCCACUUUGAACAGUUUGACCGAAGUCGCUCUUGGCAAACGACUUGACAUCAACGACCCUGAAUUCGAAUCUCUCGCUGACAACAUCAAAACGAUCCUCGGAAACGUCCAGCAUCGAGUUUUGACGAAAGUGAUUCAUUACAUCCUCCCAAUGAGCAUUCUCAAGCUCCCCUUCAUGUCUCGACUGAUCGACUGGAUCAACCCUGGUGAGAAAAGAUUCAACGACGCCCUGGUAAAAGGCCUUCUUCCCUACAUUCUCCAACAAAUCCAGAUUCACAAAGAAUCAUUCAUGCCCGGCCAGGCGCGAAACUUCAUCGACAGUAUGAUCGAAAGCUCUCAAAAUCGAUCAGAAAUGAACUUCUACUCCGCUUCCAUGUCUGUUGUCUCUCUCUACGUUGCCUCUAGCGAUUCCGUGACCGUAACCCUUUGCUGGCUCUUGUUGACGUUGAGCAAGCGACCAGAAUUGCAGGCGAUCAUUCGAGAUGAAAUCAACACUUCUAUUGCCAAGUACGGCCGAAUCGUCAGAGGUAGCUGUCACCAAACUCGCGCCAUCCUCCUCGAAAACCAGCGACAUCGAGUCGUCACCGAUUCCCUCCCUCACAUGGCAAAAGAAACCAUCACUCUCGACAAUGUCACGAUUCCAAAAGGCGCUCUCGUCCUCGGCUCUCUAACAGCGGUGAUGCACAGCGGCAAGAACUUCAAAAGUCCCGAAGUUUUCGACCACACUCGACAUUUGGAUGACAACGGUCGAUUCGUUCACAAUCCAAAAAUCUGCGCCUUCGGAAUUGGAAACCGAAAUUGCGUUGGCCUCCGAUUGGCUAGGGAUGAAUAUUUCACCUUUGCGAGUCAGAUCGUCCGAAAGUUUGAAAUUGCGCCAGGCAGCGAAGUCGAGCCAAGCCCAAAGACAUGGGGACAGCUUCUUUCACCCGACAACGUUCAAUUGAAAUUUACUCCUAUCGACUGUUAA